AUGAGCACCAUCAUCUGUCCAUUCUGUGUCUGCCAGGCAGUCUUGGGGCUGUUUAUCAGUGAAGACUUUCCCAAUGAAGGCAGGGUAAGAGUGAAGAGAUGUCACAGCUCGCUAGAAUUCUGGGAGCGCAGCAGCAUAUCAGCUGCCAUGGAUUGCACAUCUCUGAUCAUCGCAACUCACCUCAACUCUUUUGGCUUUCUCUACCUUGUUCAGCCUGUACCUCCUGAGUUUCCUGUGCUCCAGACUUUUUAUUGCCGCCCAACAUGCUUCUUGAAUAUCCAUGAGGUGCUGAACAUGAUCAGGUUGACAAAAGUCGAGCUUGUUCCAGCUGGGAAGAAGUUGGCUGGGAGCCUUGAUGACUGUGCUGUCAACAACCCAGCAGAUCAAUGCAAUGGUGAUGGGUCCAACAAUGAUGAAGUUCCUGAGGCCAGAUAUGAGGUCACCUGCAAUGAAAUGGUCAGCAAGGUGGACUUUCCUGAUGUAGCAGGGACCCCAUUUGUAGCUGAAACUAACAUCAAUGCUGGCAAAGACACCAACAAAAGUGAGAAGGCAGUGUCCCUGGGUGACCCAGCAGAUGCUGAGGUGCAACAGGAGGAUGAACAAGAUGAUGUCACCACACCCCUUUCUAUGGAAGGCAUUGAACUUGGCUCACUGUUGGAGAAUGAGGACAAGGAUGAGGAUGAGCAGGACAACAACCAAGAAGAGCAAUGA